AUGCCCAAUUGGGAGCUGAAGAGUUGUUGCAAGCAUGACCAGGUCGUAUUCUUAGCGACUAUUGGAGUCUUCACCGUUGUGAUCCUCGCGCUGUGGAGGACAAUAAUACUCACACCUUUUAAGCUCAUCACGGUGUUCUUGCAUGAAGCAAGCCAUGCAAUUGCUUGCAUACUCACAUGUGGCAAGGUGGAAGGUAUCCAGGUUCACGCAAAUGAGGGUGGGGUCACACAAACACGUGGUGGUAUAUAUUGUUUGAUCUUACCUGCAGGAUAUCUAGGCUCAUCAUUUUGGGGAAUGGCUUUGAUACUCGCGUCCACAAAUCUCCUAACUGCUCGAAUUGCUGCUGGUUGUUUGGGUGUUGCUCUGCUAGUUGUUCUUUUUGUGGCAAAAAAUUGGACACUUCGAGGACUUUGUAUUGGAUUCAUUGUAUUCCUUGCUAUAAUUUGGGUUCUGCAAGAAACAACAAAAGUCCGUAUUCUUCGCUACGUUAUUCUCUUUAUUGGUGUGAUGAACAGUUUGUUUUCAGUUUACGAUAUUUAUGAUGAUUUAAUAUCUAGAAGAGUCAACUCCAGUGAUGCUGAAAAGUUUGCAGAAGUUUGCCCCUGCCCCUGUAAUGGGGUUGGAUGGGGUGUGAUAUGGGGACUGAUAUCAUUUAUCUUUCUUUCUGCGUCGGUGUACCUAGGGCUCGUCAUUUUAUCCUGA